AACGGAGAAUCAGGCAUUCCACUGAAGCUGAUUGAACGAUAUGCAAGUGAGGCUGACUGUGAAUUCAACGCAAUAGCUGUCACCUUGGAGGUUAUUCGGGAACGUCAGCUGAAGGAAGCAGGUUUACCCGUGCAGCCCGUCGCGACCAAGCUGCUCCGACUCCUCCUCCUCCUCGCCGCCGGGAUUGAGGCCAAGCCGGCGGGAUUCCUGAUCCAAAAAGGGCUACUAACCAGCCAGGGCAGACGGUGGACAUCGACACCGAUGGUCGAACUGCUGGACUAUCUGAUCUCCAACCUGGAAGAAAUCCGCUCACAGCGCUAUCUCAACUGCAACGGGAUCAAGACGGACGAUCUGUUCGGCUUCCUCACCUCCAUUGGACUGCCCAUGUACGCCGAGUGUCUUUCAACGGCCUUAAAUGGCCAGCCACCCACACCGGGCAAUUUGAUGGCUCUGAGUGAUGCUCACCUGGUCUACAGCCUGGGUAUUCCGGUGAGCCACGUCAGUCGCAUUCGCCAGGAGGCUGCCCUCAUCCCCAAGGGCCUCCUCAACGCCAAUCCAUCCGGGCCCUCCAGCUCCCUCCUGCUUCAUCAGAAGACCUCAGCGAAGAGUCGGAUUUCACGGGCGGGUGGAUGUGCGUCGUCCCUGGCUGCCGGUGGUGUACCCGGUGGAGUCGCCAAUGAAAAACAUCGAGGGACGGAGGGAACAGGAGGAGGCGGCCCGCAUCAUCAUAAGAAACACUCCGCGACACGACAUGAUUUCAACAACAGCGGUGGCGGCCUAUGCGAGCGUUCCUUGCUGCACCCAGCCGUCGAAAAUAUAUGUGACAAAGUCUAG